AUGGGGAUUGACUUCCUCCCACUGAGGCCUGAGGAGGAAAGGGCAGCCCGGGUAUCCGUGCCGACCUCACCUCCUACCCCUGCUUCCCUUCCAGAGAAAACCGAGAAGAUCCUGCGGGGGUUCCUGCAGUUCUACGAGGACCAGUAUGGCGUUGCGCUCUUCACCAGCAUGCGCCACGAAAUCGAGGGCACCGGGCUUCCGCAGACCCAGCUGCUCUGGCGCAAGGUGCCUCUGGACGAACGCAUCAUCUUCUCGGGGAACCUCUUCCAGUACCAGGAGGACAGUAAGAAGUGGAGGAACCGCUUCAGCCUGGUGCCACACAACUACGGGCUGGUGCUGUACGAGAACAAAGUGGCCUACGAGCGGCAGGUCCCGCCCCGCACCGUCAUCAACAGUGCAGGCUACAAAGUCCUCACCUCCCUGGACCAGUACCUGGAGCUGGUUGGCAACUCCUUACCAGGGACCACGUCGAAAUCGGGUAGCACCCCCAUCUUCAAGUGCCCCACACAGUUCCCCCUGAUCCUCUGGCAUCCUUAUGCACGACACUACUACUUCUGCAUGAUGACGGAAGCCGAGCAGGACAAGUGGCAGGCGGUGGUGCAGGACUGUGUCCGGCACUGCAACAAUGGCAUUCCUGAGGACUCCAAGGUGGAGGGCCCGGCCUUCACGGACGCCAUCCGCAUGUACCGCCAGGCCAAGGAGCUGUACGGCACCUGGGAGAUGCUGUGCGGGAACGAGGUGCAGAUCCUGAGCAACCUGGUGAUGGAGGAGUUGGGCCCCGAGCUGAAGGCAGAGCUUGCACCACGGCUGAAGGGCAAGCUGCAGGAGCGGCAGCGACAGUGGAUCCAGAUCUCGGACUCUGCGUACCGCAUGGUGUAUGAGCAGGUCAAGGUGCUCUUCGAGGAGACGCUGUCUAAGCUGCAGCGGGCCCGGCCCGCCAUGGAGGCGACCAUCCGCACGGACAUGGACCAGAUCAUCACCUCCAAGGAGCACCUGGCCAGCAAGAUCCGAGCGUUUAUCCUGCCCAAGGCGGAGGUGUGUGUGCGGAACCACGUCCAGCCCUACAUCCCGUCCAUCCUCGAGGCCCUCAUGGUGCCCACCAGCCAGGGCUUCACCGAGGUGCGGGACGUCUUCUUCAAGGAGGUCACCGACAUGAACCUGAACGUGAUCAAUGAGGGCGGCAUCGACAAGCUGGGCGAGUACAUGGAGAAGCUGUCCCAGCUGGCGUACCACCCCCUGAAGAUGCAGGGCUGCUAUGAGAAGAUGGAGCCGCUGCGGCUCGACGGGCUGCAGCAGCGCUUCGACGUGUCCAGCACCUCCGUGUUCAAGCAGCGCGCCCAGAUCCUCAUGCGCGAGCAAAUGGACAACGCGGUGUACACCUUCGAGACGCUGCUGCACCAGGAGCUGGGGAAGGGGCCCACGCGGGAGGAGCUGUGCAAGUCCAUCCAGCGCAUCCUGGAGCGCGUGCUCAAGAAGUACGACUACGACAGCAGCACGGUGCGCAAGCGGUUCUUCCGGGAGGCGCUGCUGCAGAUCACCAUCCCCUUCCUGCUUAAGAAGCUGGCGCCCACCUGCAAGUCGGAGCUGCCCCGCUUCCAGGAGCUGAUCUUCGAGGACUUCGCCAGGUUUCUCCUGGUAGAAAACACUUACGAGGAGGUGGUGCUGCAGACCGUCAUGAAGGACAUUCUGCAGGCCGUGAAGGAGGCGGCCGUGCAGCGGAAGCACAACCUGUACCGGGACAGCGUGGUCCUGCACAACAGCGACCCCAACCUGCACCUGCUGGGAGAGGGCGCUCCCAUCGACUGGGGCCAGGAGUACACUGACGGCGGCAGCGGGGGCAGCCCCAGCCCUGUGACCCCGGAAGGGGUCACCCUCUCGGAGAAGCGCCGGCGCGCCAAGCAGGUGGUGUCCGUGGUCCAGGACGAGGAGGCGGGGCUGCCCCUUGAGGAGGGCUCAGAGCCAUCACUGGCGUCCCCGGACAGUGUCACUGAGAUCCGAGGCCUGCUAUCCCAGGAUCUGCAGGCUGAGAGCCCCCUGCCCGCCGACCCCCUGCUCAACGGGGCCCCGGCCCUGGAGCGCCCCCAGCCUGAGGCAGUCCCCGAGAUGCCCUCGCCACCCGGCUCGCCGCCCCAGCAUCUCCUGCCUGGGAAGGCUGUGGACCUUGAGCCCCCCAGCCCCACUAACCAGGAGACUGGGGAGCAGGUGUCCAGCCCCGGUGGCCGCGCUCCCGUCCACACCACCGAGGACAGCUCGGAGGUGCGGACGGAGUUCUAGGCAGCUGGCCUGAGUGGCCGCUUCCUCUGAGGCACCAGCGGGCUCGGGGCCAUGGCAGGGGCACCCCACACUGUACCCACUGAGUCACUUUACUGGGUGUAGCCCCCCCCCCCCCGGGCUGCUCCCCGUCUUCCCUUGUGGGCUGAUCUUGGAUGCAGGGUCUGGUCUCCAGGCUUUCUCUUCGUGCUGGGGGUUGGGGGGCUGGGGGCUCCUCGAUCCCGCCUUGCUUCUGGCACCUCCGUUUCCCUCCCCUGUGGGUCUUGCCAUCCCCCGAGGGAGAAGGAUGGGUGCACGUGGGGCACCGUAAGUCUGGGAAGCUGGCGAGUUCCCUCAUCUCACCGGGGGUGCACUGGGAGCGGGGCAGUGGAGGAGGGCAGAGCCUGGUGGCCCCAUUUCCGUCCUGCCCCCUCCCUGCCGCCCUAGGCUAGCUCCCCAGGACACUGACUGUGCCCUGCCCGGCUGAGGGGGAUGGACGAGGGGUCACCAGGCUGGGGGGAGGCUGGGUGUGGCACUGUCCCUGAGGGGCGGGGCUGCGGGCUGAGGACGGAACAAAGACCCGGAAUGUGCUGGUGGUCUGUGGCGAGAAGUGUCUGAGGGACGAGGGUCGGGAGUGUGUGAGGGAGGCUAGAGGCUGGGCCGGCAGCGUGAGUGUGUUUGGAAGUGGGGGCCUGGGCGCGCUGCGUGCACCUGUUCCUCCCCGUCCCGCCCGCCCGCUUGCUGGCCUGGGAUCCGGCGUGGCCCCGGGGCUCCUUGCCUGCCCCGUGCGUCUUGGCUCACACUCUGGGCGGGCAGGUUGCCCCGAGGCCCGGUGCCACUUGCGGUCACCUCCGAGGGGCCUGGAUGGGGCUCCCGAGGGCGAGGGAGGGGGCGGGGCCUCCGCUGCCUCUGAGCCUCGAGUCACCCGGCCCUGAGAGUUCUCGGCCCCUCUGUGAAGAUGCCUUCAGGAGUCACCUUGGGCUGGGCGCCCCUUCCUCGCUGCCUGUUCUGAGCCCUAGGGUCAAGCUGAGGUAGCCCCCGUGUGGCGGCCCACACCCGGGGUCCAGUACCCCUGGCUCAGCGUCUUCUGGGCUGCACACCUGCUCCCCAGGGCAGGGGCCUUACACCCACAGGACGGCAGCUGGUGCUCAGGGACCCCCAGCGCCCCCGGCCCCGUGCCGGCUGCAUCACUAACCUCUCCUGACGUUCUCCAGUGCCUUGGGGGUUUCUGCCAGCCUUCCUGGAUAUGGUAUUACAAAUACUAUGCAAACUGUUCAAGCUUCUGCUAAUCAAUAAACGCUUUAUUUAAAGUU